CCCGUUGCAAUCGGAAACCAGUCUACUUUCACUUUCUUCGUCCUAGUUUUUGACAUGCACCACUUCAUUUAUCAUGCUGUCCAAAAGAUCUGCAGCCUUUCUUCUGAAAAGCAUGAACAGUUCACAAUUGUCCAGUGAGGCAAUUAGAAAUGGAUUUGUUGGUAUGGUAGGAAGGACUCCAUUAGUUAGACUCAACAAAGUUAGCCAAGAAACAGGUUGUGAAAUUUUAGCUAAAGCUGAGUUUUGUAAUGGUGGAGGAUCUGUGAAGGACAGAGCAGCAUUGUUUCUAAUUAAAGAUGCACAGGAAAAAGGACAGUUAAAACCUGGUGGCACUGUGGUUGAAGGGACAGCUGGCAACACAGGAAUAGGUCUGGCACACAUGUGUUUUGCCAUGGGAUACAAAUGUGUCAUUUACAUGCCAAACAACCAAUCACAAGAGAAAAUAGAAAUGUUAAAACUGCUUGGAGCAGAUGUGCGACCUGUUCCUGUUGUGCCAUGGACAGACCCAGACAAUUAUAAUCAUCAGGCUAAAAGAUUUGCAGAGAGUAUAGAGAAUGCUGUUUGGACUAAUCAGUUUGAUAACACAGCUAACAAGCUGGCUCAUAUAGAAACAACUGGUCCUGAAAUCUGGCAAGAAACAGGUGGUAAAGUGAAUGCUGUUGUGUUUGGAACAGGAACUGGGGGAACAUUGGGAGGUGUUGGAACUUACUUGAAAGAAAAGAACCCCAAAGUACAAGUAUAUCUGGCUGAUCCGCAGGGCAGUGUUUUAUAUAAUUACUUUAAACACGGAAAAUUAGAACGAUCAGAGGGAAGUUCAAUAGCAGAAGGAAUAGGUCAAGGUCGGUUGACAGAUAAUUUAAAAGAUACGCCAAUCGAUGAUGCUUUCUUGAUAAAAGAUACAGAUGCAGUUGAAAUGGUAUUUCGCUUAUUACAUGAAGAGGGAUUUUUUGUUGGUGCUUCGUCGGGAUUAAAUGUAGUAGGGGCAGUGCAAGCAGCUAAGUUGAUGGGACCAGGCCAUACAAUAGUUACUUGCUUGUGUGAUACUGGACAGAAAUACUAUGGAAAGUUAUUUAGUAGGAAGAUCCUAGAGGAAAAAGGUUUGCUGGAGGCAGUGCCAUUACAGUAUAGAAGUUCAUUACAUGGAUAACAUAUGUAUACUACCUCGACAUUGCAAUAUAUGUAUUACAAGUGUAUCAUCUUAUUAAAUCUUUAGUUUUAUAUUAUUUGUUUCAAAUUGUUAUAGUUAAUGAGUGACCUUGCGGCUUGUUAAUUUCUGAUGGAUAUUUGUUAUCUCUUUCCUUUCUUUUUUUCUUUUUUUUUUUUGGGGGGGGGGGGGAGAGAGGGGCUUUGAUCAUACGACUUAGUUUAUCCAAAUUUAUUUUUUUAAAUUACUUGAUAUGUAUGAAAUAUUAUGUACCACUUUAAUGGUCUUGUUUGAUUCAACAUGGUAUUUCCGUUAUAUAAAAGUUAAAUAUCUAACAUAGAUUGGGUAAAACCGACAUGGGAAAGGUGUUACUUUGACACAAAAAUUUACGAUAUAUAAAUGAGAAUAGCUAGAAGCGGUAGGAAGAAGUUCAGAUGUACUUUUAAAACACCACUAAUAAAGACAAAAUAAAGAUAUAGAUUUUAAUUUUCGGGAGUUUGCAAUAAUUUGAGCAACUUUCUGGUUGUAUUUUACAGUAUAUUUUGGAUGUAUAGUAAAUAAUCUCAUCAUAGAUACCAGGAUUAAAUUUUGUAUUUACGCCAGACACUCGUUUCGUCUACAAAACACUCAUCAGUGACACUCGAAUCCCAAAAAGCUAAAAAGGCCAAAUUAUGUACGAAGUUUAGAGCAUUGAGGACCAAAAUCCCUAAAAGUUUUGCCAAAUACAGCUAAGGUAGACUAUUCCUGAGGUAGAAAAGCCUUAGUAUUUCAAAAAUUCAAAAGAUUUGUUAACAAUUAAUUUAUAAAUACGACCAUAUCAAUAAUAUUCGUUUAUUUCUUGUUAUGGUUAAGUGAUUUUUAUACAUUAAUGUCUAUCCCUUUUAUAGUAAUAUAUAGAUCUGUAUAUUAUGUGUAUGUCAUAAAUAAUAAAAACU